CGAAUAGUGCCCUUCAAGAACCUUCACCAGUCAAAAGCAUGGACGCCACCAACGAGCUGCAGUGGCGCGGCCUGCACCUGCUGCACGUGCAUCGCGAUACGCUGCGCUGUGCACUGACGCGAUGCAUCGCCUGCUGCUACAAGAUCGUGCUGCACAACCGUCCAGGACUGCUGCCUAACGUGAGGCCAGAGAUGUGUCCACGCAUGACACCAAAGGUCAAGAAUGAUGAUGACCAAAAAAUGUCGGCUGAAGCUGAUAAUUACAGUAUCGGACUGUACGACGCAGCUCAAGUGAAACGCAUCUUGACGGUAGGCGACGGCAAUUUUUCGUACUCAUUGGCACUUGCCCGUGCGCUGGGUCCAGACUCGGGUGUGCAGCUAGUGACAACGUCGCAUGAGAGCAAGAAGACCGUGCUGGAGACGUACCCGGACGGAGAGAAGAUUCUCGAUGAGCUUAAUGCAAUGCCCCAUGUGACGGUGCAGCACGAGGUGGACGCUACUGAUGCUGAGCAGAUGAAGACGCUCGGUCAGUUCGACCGCGUUAUCUGGAACUUCCCGUGCGUUCGAGCGCCGCGUGGAGAGGACGGCCAGAACCAGGAGAUGGAGACCAACAAGAAGCUGCUGAGCGAUUUCUUCGCCCAUGUGGCGCAAAUUUUGACGCCUACGGGUGAAGUUCAUGUGACACACAAAACCAAGAAGCCGUUCGGUCAGUGGGGUAUUGAAAAUAUAGCCAAGACCAACAAGCUCCGUCACCAGCAGUCUGUAGUCUUUGACCGCUGUUUGUAUCCCGGUUAUUCAAACAAGAAGGUUCUCUCAAAGGGUUCGUUCCCGAUCUGGGACUCGCUGACGUUUAUCUUCGUGCCUGAAGACCGUACACACCCCGAGACACCAGAAGAUGGUAAACCUGAAGACUCUGAUAACAUUCCGGUCGAACCUGUCACAAUGGAUAUCCUCAAGAAGCUGUACCUGCUGCUGACACCGUCGCUUGAUGAUAUGCUGGGCUCGAAGAAGAAGAAAAAGGGAUUCAAAGGUCUUAACAGCAAUCAAAAGGACGUCACCGCCAACCACAAGGGGAACAAGGACACCAGUGACCACAAGAGUAACAACACCCACAAGGGCAACAACAACAAACGAAAGCAGCCAGUGUCUGGUCAUUCGAAGGGAGGGAAGCGGAAAAAAGGCCGCAGGUCAUAAUGGUGAUAAGCUUGUGCUGUUGCCUUUCACAAUACCAACAAAAUAGACUGCACCACGACAUUUCUCGAACUGCAGAUUCGUUCUUACACGUAAAGCUCUCUCUUGGCUUUUUCACCUGCC